AAAAAAAGGGUUGCCGGCUAGAGAUCUCCAUUCUGGUGAAAAUUUGUCCCAUUUCUCUCAUCUAUUUUAGGGAUUUCGUGUUUGGACUGAAGUUUUUGUGGUUUUCUUAUUGCUAAUCUUUGUUGUUUGUGAUCGGGAAUUCUCGAUAAUCCAUUGGGUUGGUACAAAGAGUUUAGAGAUUGUGAUUUGAGCUUUUGAUCCGCUGAAAUCCGUGGAAUUUUAGGGUUUUUUUUGGGUGAUUUUUCUUUAAAGGUGGAGUUUUUACUUGGUGUUUAGGGUUUGCAUAGCGGGAUUCCGAGGAUUCAAUGCAUCAGUGAUAAGCUCCGGAGACGGUGCUAGGGUUUUUGAGGUGGUAGUGAUCUGUGCUUAUGGGCUGCGUCUUGGCGAAGGGCAUCGAUAGGGAGUACUCGGAGACCCAGCGAGACAAAGGAUUGAGUAGGUCUUCGCGGCGCUUCGUCGCUUCUUCUAGGAGGGACAAUGUUGUGGUCUUAGAUCCCAGUGGUAUUGCCGGCAAUGAGGGAAGUAGGGCGAGGCUCAUAUCGAAGGAACGAGACAAUGCAGUCACCCCACCGGCUCGGUCUCCGGUUGAGGGGGAUAAGAAAGCGGUGGCCGGAGUUGAUAGGAUUCGGGAAGGGGCUGCCCAUCAGCGAGCCACUAUUGUUGAUUCUAGGGUUCAUGGUUCCAGAAUUGGGAUUAUGAGUAGUGUGGAGAAUGGUUCUUCGAUUACUGGUGUGCCAAAUGGGAUUGUAGGAGAGCAUGUGUCCGCCGGAUGGCCCUCAUGGCUUGCUGCUGUUGCCGGCGAGGCUGUACAAGGGUGGCUUCCGCGGAAAGCCGAGUCCUUUGAGAAGUUUGAGAAGAUUGGACAAGGAACCUAUAGCAAUGUGUACCGAGCUCGUGAUUUGGAAACAGGAAAGAUUGUUGCCCUUAAGAAAGUGCGGUUUGUUAACGUAGAUCCUGAAAGUGUUCGUUUUAUGGCUAGGGAAAUUCUUGUUCUGCGAAGACUUGAUCACCCAAAUGUAUUGAAACUUGAAGGUUUAGUUACCUCUAGAAUGUCGUGCAGCCUGUAUCUUGUAUUUGAAUAUAUGGAGCAUGAUCUUGCUGGACUUGCGGCAAACCCUAGCAUCAAGUUCACUGUGCCACAGAUUAAGUGUUAUAUGCAACAACUUCUUUCUGGCCUUAAUCAUUGUCACAGUCAUGGGGUCUUACAUAGGGAUAUCAAGGGUUCUAAUCUUCUCGUUGACAAUAAUGGCAUGCUUAGGAUUGCUGACUUUGGCCUGGCCACAUUUUUCAGUCAUAGUCAGAAGCAGCCAUUGACGAGUCGUGUUGUAACAUUGUGGUAUCGACCACCUGAACUAUUGCUCGGUGCUACUGAAUAUGGUGUCUCUGUUGAUCUGUGGAGUGCUGGUUGUAUUCUUGCAGAAUUGUUUGCUGGCAAGCCAAUCAUGCCAGGGAGAACAGAGGUUGAGCAACUGCACAAGAUUUUCAAGCUUUGUGGCUCACCAUCUGAUGAAUACUGGAAGAAGGCAAAGUUGCCACAUACAACAAUUUUUAAACCUCAACAUCCAUAUCGGCGUUGUAUUGAUGAUACAUUUAGAGAUUUUCCUUCAUCAGCUCUAGCUCUUAUGAAUACCCUUCUUGCAAUUGAACCAGCAGAGCGAGGAACAGCAGCUUCAGCACUUGAUAGUGAAUUCUUCCGGUCAAAACCUUUUGCUUGUGAUCCUGCAAGUUUUCCUAAAUAUCCCCCCAGCAAGGAGUUAGAUGCGAAGCUUCGGGAUGAGGAAGCUAGGAGGCAAAGAGCAGCAGCUAUGAAAGGGCAUGGAUCGGAAUCUGGAAGGAGGGCUUCAAGAGACCCCAAAGCUAUACCCAUGCCAGAUGCCAAUGCAGAACUACAGGAGUCACUACAGAGGAGACAAAUAGAUGGAAAUCACAAAAGCGUCAGUGAGAAGUACAAUCCACAUGAGGAGACUGGUGCAGUGAACCAUUCCAGAGUUAUUGCAGAUAAUGGCUUCUUUCAUUCUGGUCCGUUGAUGAACUCUAGUAUGCUCGGAUCAAGGAACAAGAGGCCAGAUGGUGAGCUUCCGUCAAUACCUAACCGUUCAUCAAGUACUCAGAGGGCUUCAAAUGGCCGCCAGUUAAGGAUGCAGAGGUCUCUUAAGCAUCAAGGAGGUGGAGUUGAUUUGUCCAACUUAUCUGGUCUGGUUGCGGCAAGAAGCAGUGCUAGCUCCAGGUACAGUCAACUUGACGGUGCGGAGCCAUCUGAGAAGUUGUUGGAUAGACCUUCAUCUUCUCUCAAGAAAGAUGAACGACCUGGAAUCAAGGAACCCACCAUGGUUUAUAACACAAAGAAGAAUAUCAUACACUUCUCUGGACCAUUGAUGCCUCCAGGGGGCAAUACAGAAGAAAUACUGAAAGAGCAUGAGAGGCGAAUCCAGCAUGCUGUACGCAAAGCCCGGCUUGAUAAAACAAAGAACAAUAGGAAUGGACACUUUGAAGCAUUGCUCUAUCCCAGCCGGAAUGGCAGUUCAGAUGCAUGAAAGCUAGUUCUCCAUGAAUUCUUUCCAUAUAGUUUUACUUUGUUAAGGUUAUAAUUGGAGCCUUAAAAUGUGACCAUCAGCAAAGCAGAGGUUUUGCAGCGGGAAAAGUUUCCUUUGCAAGUCGAUCACCAUUUGAAGUACUUGCAUGCCUUUGCAGAAAUAACGUGGUGAUUGGCUACAGUUCUCUGUGUUAUUGUAAAUAAAUUUAGCAAUUAUCAAUUGUAAAUUGCAUUGUCAUUGUCUCAGCAUCUACAUAGUUGAUUAUGCUUAUGUAACUGGUAACUGGCCAAGGAUAUUUACUGGCAUGUUUGAAAGGGAAAUACACAAGUUUUUACAGUGGAUCAUUUAGGGGA